GCCCAGGAGGCAGAGGCAGCUCCUCCUGUCACAGUGGAAGUCCAUCCUGAGGAGCAGGAUGCAGAGCUGGAGGCACCUCCACCUCCAGAGCUUUCACCACCUCCAGCAGCCUCUCCAGCUGCAGCUGUGGAGCCAGGGCCGGCCCCAGAAGAAACUGAGGCCCCAGCACCGCUGGAUGAAGAACCCUCCCUGGAGCUCAUGCUGGCUCCUGCCUCAGAGGAGGAGCUGCCUGUGGAGGGCCCAGCUCAAGGGCCCAAGGCACCAGCCCAGGAGGUGGAUGUGGUUCCUGUCACACCCAAAGUCCAUCCUGAGUUGCAGGAUGCAGAGCUGGAGGCAUCUCCAGCUCCAGAGCUGUCACCACCUCCAGCAGCCUCUCCAGCUGCAGCUGUGGAGCCAGGGCCGGCCCCAGAAGAAACUGAGGCCCCAGCACCGCUGGAUGAAGAACCCUCCCUGGAGCCCAUGCUGGCUCCUGCCUCAGAGGAGGAGCUGCCUGUGGAGGGCCCAGCUCAAGGGCCCCUUGUGGAAUGUGCUCACCCUGUCAUAAGGGCAAAACGUGUUUCACACUCACGCCUUGAAAUUUUCCUUUUAUUUUCUGUUUUCAUUUUGUUGUUUAUUUGUUCUCCAUGGCGUGAUUCAGUUCUUUAUCUUUUAAUGUUUAUUAUUUGGGUGAUUUUUUGGGGGAUUGCUUUUAUUAUUUUCUUUUUUUAG